AUGUUGAAUUCAUCAGUACUUCUUGAUGUUAAUGCCAAGAUAUUUUCGCUGAUUCUUCUUGCUUCUCAUAAAUCUGCACUGACAAUAUUCGACAUUCCUUCUUCGUCAUGUUUUAAUGUGUUUCGAUAUAGGUUAUAUAAUAACUUCCAAUAUGAACUCACCGGUGAACAAGCAACAACCACUGACAUACAUGCUUAUUUUCCAUCAUGGUUUAAGCAACAAUUGGCAUGUAAUGUCGAAUUAUCUCCACAACUACUCCAUUUGAGAAACUUGGCUGAAGGUUGUUGUAGCCAUGGACAUGUUGAAUUCAGUUUGUAUUUGGCGGAGUACCAAAGGUUGAAGAAGGAGUUUUUAGCUAAACAUCCUGAGUUAGGCGGUCCACGUGGACGAUAUCCUCUUGAUCCAGCUAUUGAUCAGUAUUUGUGGUUGCAAGCAAGUAAGGGAAAGAAGAGAAAUGGAAAAAUUUAUGCUGCAGGGCCUUUAGCUAGCAACUACAAAAAAGGGGAUAGGUAUUCUUUAUUUAGGAGAAUUGCAGACGGGGAAGGAUCUUCACGUCCUCCGACAUUAACCCCUGAAAUAACUGAAACAAUUAAACAACUAGCUCAGAGUGAAGCAGCACGUGAAAAUGAAACAUUGAGAAAAAAACAAAUGGAGUUGGAGGAAGCAUUGAGACUUUCACAAGAGCAAAUGAUGCUUACUCAACAACAAAUUCAACAACAAGUGCAACAACAAAUACAACAACAAAUGCAACAACAAAUGCAACAAAUGCAACAAUUCUUUCGACAACAAUAUGGUGGUGGUGGAUUUGGAGCGGGUGGUAACCAAAGAGUAGUAGACGAGAAUGAUGAACAAAACGAAAAUAAUGCGGACGACCCGGAUCCUUUGUGAAUAUUAUUUUGAAUUUAAAUAUUUUGGAUAAUCAUGAAUUUCUUUAUAUUAAAUAUGCAUUUCUUUAUAUUAAUUAU